ACCACUGGAGGCAUGAGAGGCUUGGCAAGCAAACUACACUCUUUGAAAGGGGCUCUCAAAAUCUGGAAUAAAACCACCUUUGGUAACAUUCAUUCCAAACUUCAAGAAGCUGAGGAGGCCUCCAUUCACACUCAACUUGAAUUCGAGCUAAACCCUAGUCAACAGAAUAAGGAAGCAAUGCAGCAAGCUAAUGCAAAUCUGAUUCUUGCCACAAACUUGGAAGUCCAAUUUUGGAGACAAAAAGCCAAUAUCAAAUGGAUGGAUAAAGACAUCAAAAGAGAGGCUAUCUCCUACUUUGAGAAUACUUUCAAGAGAACCCUCCAUCCCUCCCUGGAGAAUAUUCUCCCCCUCAUUCGCCUUACUCUUUCACCAGAGGACAACCACACUUUCAGUGCCUUGCCUACCUUAGAAGAGGUCAAAGAAGCGGUCUGGAGUUUAGAUGGAAAUAGUGCAGGUGGUCCUGAUGGGUUCAAUGAUAACUUCUUCAAGUCCACUUGGGAGAUCAUCAAACAUGACGUUAUAAUGGCAUCACAUGAAUUCUUCUUGGGUGUUCCAAUCCCUCAGGCCUAUGGCAGUACCCUUUUGUCCCUCAUUCCCAAAUUUGACAGCCCCAGGAAGUUUGAUGAUUUCAGACCCAUUUCUCUCUCAAUCUUCAUGAGCAAGAUAAACACCAAACUGCUGUCCAAUAGAAUAAAUGCUCUCCUGCCCAAAAUUAUAUCCCAAGAACAAGCUGCUUUCCAAAAAGGGAAAUCCAUUGAUGAUCAUGUAUUUAUGGAACAGGAAGCUAUUCAUCUUAUUGACAAGAAAGUCUUUGGGGGAAACCUAAUACUCAAGUUGGACAUGGCUAAAGCUUUUGAUAGGAUUGAUUGGGUAUACCUUGAGGGAAUCCUAGCAGCCUUUGGGUUCAACCCCCAUUCGAUAUCCCUCCUCAUGGCUAAUCUCAAAGACACUAAUUUUAGUAUCCUUAUCAAUGGAGAACCUACAGGUUACUUCAAGAUGGAGAGGGGAGUCAAGCAGGGUGACCCUCUCUCUCUUCUACUCUUCAUCAUUGCUGCAGAAGACUUCGGCAGGCUUCUCAAUCACCAGAUGAACUCACUAUUUCUUAUCAGAUUCAAUGCAGGCCAGGUCCCCUUUCCCUCUCAUCUUAUUUACGCUGGUGAUCGAAUGAUUUUUACUAGGGGGCAGACAAGAAAUUUGAUCAAGCUCAAAGCUACUUUGGAGCUAUAUCUUAAAGCUUCUGGACAGGAGAUCAACAUACAAAAGAGCAAAUUUUACACCUCCAAGAAGACAACCAAUACUCAUGCCCAAAACAUGGAGAAAGCACAAGGCAUCAGGAGAGGAAACUUGCCCUUCACCUACCUUGGAGCUACCAUCUGCUGGGGUAUUUUGAGAAAGGAAUACUGCAAAAAGAUUUUGGAUCACUUUGAGAAACUCAUCCAUUCUUGGUACAGCAAAACUCUGAAUCAAAUGGGGAGGCUUAUCCUAAUUAAACAUGUACUAUCUUCUAUACCUUUACACAUCAUAGCUGUUCACACCCUUCCAAAGUCUAUCAUAAAAAUCCUAAACUCUUACAUGGCCAACUUUCUUUGGGGGCAAAACCAAGGGAAACCUAAAUACCACUGGAAGGGUUGGGAUCAACUCACAACAUCAGCAGAAAUAGGGGGCUUGGGAAUUAAAAGCAUGGACGACCUUCAACACGCCUACACUCUCAAACUUUGGUGGAAAGAAAAAAUGGACAUGGGAGCUUCGGGAACAUUUGUUAAAGCAAAAAACAUGAAGCAAGGGAUAAUAAAAGAAAAGCUCACAGAUUCUCCAUCGUGGAAAAGAAUAUGCAAGUCAAAUGAGGAGGCUACUCAACACAUCACCUUCUCCAAUGGAAACAUGCAAUGGGAAGGAACCAACUUUAGUCUCAAACAAGCCUUCAAGGUGGUCAGGGAUGAAGGACCAAGCCUACUAUCUAGCAGAUAUAUUUGGCAUAAAAGCAAUAUAACCAAGAUACGAAUUUUCUUAUGGAAAGCCUUCAACAAUAUCUUGCCCUUUGCUUCCAACCUCAACAGAUUUGCAUUCACCUCGCCUAGCAGAACCACUUUUCCAACUUAUGCAAUGGAUCUAAAGUCAAGGAGCAAACCACCCUACGCCAAUACCUACUUGCAUGGUGGUUUGCUAGCCAUACUAAGCACUUCAAAGGCAAUCUUCUUCUCAUUCUACCUGGCAUUUGCAGCUGGUCUUUGUGGAAAUCACGUAACUCUCACCUCCAUCAAGGACUCACUCCUUCGGCACAAGGCAUCCUCCAAAUGUUCUAGAGACUAUAUAUAUCACGGUUAUGGGAAGAGUAUCUCACAUUCUCACAUUAUGGAAGGAACUUCUCGAACACUUCCUUACACCAUAAGAUUCGUUGGUCUUCUUGGCAGUCAUUCUCUUGGUAGAAAUCCAAAGUUUAUGGCUACGGCGGUGGAUUUAGGAAGGGAAUUGGUAAGGCGAAAAAUUAGACUUACCUAUGGAGGAGGCAACGUUGGCCUUCAAGGAGCUGUUGCUUCAACAGUCUAUACCAAUGGUGGUAUAGUUAGAGGUUUCAUACCAGGGUACAUAGCAGCACGACAGGUCUACGGACCUACGUAUGGUGCAGAAUACACAGUUUCAAGCAAUUACUAUAAGCAUUUCGAGAUGAAUCAUGUAGUGGAGGCCUUCAUCGUACUUCCUGGAGGGAUUGAUACUCUGGAAGGUUUGUUCACUUUGAUCUCAUGGGCAUCUGAAGGGUUGCACAGUAAACCCAUUGGUCUCUUGAAUAUUGACGGUUAUUUUAAUAACCUAAUCAAAUUUCUAGAUGACGCAGUGAGGCAGAACUUCAUGGCUUCUAGUCAGAGAAAACUUUUCAUCCCUUCUUUCUUUAUUGAUGAGCUUUUAGACAAGCUAGCGUUUGCUAAAGCUUUUCCGGGUCCUGGGGCUAGUUAUGACGAAUUUGUAAAUCCUGGGGCAUUGGACUUAGACUUGCAUUUGUAAUUUUAGUUGAAUUUAUGUUGGAAUAAUAUUGUCCAUGAACAUUAUGAGUUAACCAUAAAUAUUAUUCUAAGUUGCAUGGCCAGUGCAAGUCAGAAAAAUAUCUAUUUUCAACAUCAGAACGCAUCAUGUAAAUAUCAACAUUUUCUCAAUAUGGGUCAAAUGAAAGAUUUCAUUAUACAAUGGUUUCAACAUACGUAAGUUCAAGAAAAUACGAAUAUUCUU